AUGAUCGCCAAGAUCCUUCUUCCGGCCCUUGUGGCUGCGACCGCAGUGUCCGCACAAUCUUCGACCUGCACCAAGGCUACCCUCACCGUUAACUCGGCUGCCGAUGCCACAGCUCUGUCCAGCUGCAGAACCCUGAAGGGAAAUGUUGUCAUUGGACCUGAUACCGGCGACACGAUCGACCUUUCUGGACCUGGUCAGAUUGAUGGAGAUCUGACCAUGACGAGCAACGGCAGGAUUGUGUCUCUGUCCAGCACUUCCCUCAACUCUAUUUCGGGAACAUUCAAGCUGCAGAACAUUACCAUUCUGUCAACGCUGUCCUUCCCAGCUCUUCAGAGCGUUGGUGCCAUCAGCUUCCAGUCGCUGCCCGCUCUUGAUGAGCUCUCUUUCGGAACACCCGGAAUCACCGAGGCCAAGAGCGUCAUCAUCAGCGAUACCCAUCUGAACAGCCUGGAUGGUAUCGAUUUGGAGACCACCAGCUUGGUGGAUAUCAACAACAAUGGUCGUCUGACCGAGUUCAACACCCAGCUUGGCAACCUGAGCGACAACCUCAACAUCCAGGCCAACGGUAAGGACCUCAAGGUCACCAUGCCCAACUUGAUCUGGAUUGCCAACAUGACGAUUGCCAACGUCACCGAGUUCUCUGUACCCUCGCUCGAGCAUGUCAACGGCUCCAUGCGAUUCGAUUCCAACUACUUCGAGUCCUUCACCGCUCCUAACCUGACCUCCACUGGACAGGAUAUCUCCUUCGUCAGCAACUCCGAGCUCACCAACAUCUCUAUUCCCAUCCUGGAGAGUGUCGGCGGUGGUCUUACCAUUGCCAACAACACCGGACUGGAGAGGAUCAACUUGCCCAAGCUCGAGACUGUUGGUGGUGCUGUCAAAUUCAGGGGUAACUUUAGCAGUGUCUCUCUCCCUGAGAUCAAUGAUGUCAAGGGUGCUUUCGACAUUGCCAGCACGACCAACAUCACUGCCUCGUGCGACACCUUCGAGGCCCUUAACGGUGUCAUUCAGGGCAGCUACUCUUGCGAGGGCGAGAAGGCCGAUGCCAACGACGACACUUCCGAUGGUGACAGCGGCUCUUCUGGCAGCAGCGGCUCUGGCAGCGACGACAAUGACAACGCUGGUGCCAGCGUUGCUGUCAACUCUGUCAUCCUCGGCGCGAUCUUCAUUGGAGCUGUCGCCCAACUUCUGUAA